GCGAGUGUGUACGUAAUACGGUGUGCGCGAGUGGCUGUGUCUUUCGGUUCCAUGUGUUCGUGAUCGUCCCUCGGACGUUUCGCUUUCUGCGCCUCAUUUCCGGUAGUCCGCUGUCGGCGUACUGCCGCGAUUGUGCCCGGGUAAUUGGAGCGGACAGCGAAAUGGCCGAGUUGGACCGCCGGAGGUGGCUGGGCGCCGUUUGCUCGCUGAUGGCUGUCCUGCUGCAUCAAUCAGAGUGCUUGCCAAAGAGCAUAAGCAACGGUGGUAAUACAGUAGUGGAGCACCAUCCAUCGGCCUACUGGGAUCAGUCGUUCAACGCGCCGUACUUUGACAACUCGACGAAGCGUGAGACCACAACGACCGUCGGCCAGACAGCCUACCUGCACUGCAAGGUCCGCAACCUCGGCGAUCGAGCGGUAUCGUGGAUAAGACAACGCGAUCUGCACAUCCUCACCGUCGGCAUACUCACGUAUACGAACGACCAGCGUUUUCAGUCGCUACACAGUGAUGGUACUGAUGAGUGGACCCUGAAGAUCAGCUCACCCCAGGAGCGUGACAGUGGUACCUACGAGUGCCAAGUAUCGACCGAGCCCAAGAUGAGCCUUUCCUUCAAACUCAACGUUGUUGUUUCAAAAGCACGGAUUGUUGGAAGCUCGGAGCGCUUUAUUCGCAGUGGCAGCGACAUAAAUCUUACCUGUAAUGUCUUACAGACGCCCGAACCACCAAACUUCAUUUUUUGGUACAAAGGUGACCACGUAAUAAAUUAUAGCUCGCGGGGUGGUAUAAGCGUCACGACUGAGAAACAGACGCGAACGUCACACCUGCUGAUUUCACGAGCACUACCCACGGACUCAGGCAACUACACAUGCGCACCAUCGACGGCUGAAUCGGCUAGCGUCUUCAUUAACGUGUUGAAUGGUGAGCAUCCAGCGGCAAUGCAGCACGGAAACUCGAGCAACAGCGGUGCCACUACGCGCACCCUGGCCCUGCUGUUGCUGCUUCUGCACGCCAGUUCGUUUGCGAGGUGACUGCUAAGCCGCGAUUCGCUGAUCCUAUCGCCGUUCUAAGAAUACAAAAAAAAAAAAAAAAAAAAAAGAGGACAGGAGGAGAUUAAACAUAGGCUACAGCCAUAAGAGCAAUUAGAAGAAGAGGUUGCCAGCACCGAUGCGUUCCUCUACUACUUGCUUCUUCAUCUUCUUCUACUUCUUCGUCUUCUUACCGAUCUCUGAUACCGAUGGACAGAUCCAUCGAUCGAUCAAGGACUUAAGGGAUGAGAAGACGAUAUUAUUCACAUCUACAUCUCUUACCUAGUCAUCCUCUACAGUUUGACAAAAAAAAGGAAGAGAGAGGGAAAAAGGGGGUGGAUAAAGCGUGGACGGCCGUGGUUGUCACGACUAUUGCUCAUGCCUAGUUUGGCCUCUUUCUUUUUCAUCCCCUCUUCUUACGUCCCUUUCAGGAGCCAACACUCGAGUGAUGCUGCACUGACGUGUACAUGGUGCAUAGCUCUUGUUCGUACGUGUGGUAUUAUCACGUGUCGGUGAAUUUUACGUCAAAACUCGCUGACAAUUAAGGAAGUGAGUGGCACAAUAGUAGAUAAAAAAAGAGAGACAAAAAAUGCCGUAGCUAAUACAACCCUAACUUGUAUUCGCCUAGUAGUCUGACUAUACCCGUAAUAGUACAUGCAUAAUACGUGUAAAUUUAAGCGUAUGUGUGUAAUAAGUACUGUGACGUUUGAGCGCGUGUGUUUUUCUUCAAAACUGUGAAUACCAAUGACGAACUGUAGUGGGAAAAGAUGAAAGCGAUGUUUCGGGAUGGCUUUUCCGAGUUCCACUCGUGGUAUUAGACUGAUCGAAAUCCAUAACUACGCAAAACGCGAAGGAAGGGAGCGCUGAAUGAAAUUUCAGUUCCAGAAUUAGAAUUUUCAUGGGCAAAACUACCGCAAAUUGGUUCGAAUUGUCUGAUUUUUAGCCAUGGACGUAUCAGUGGGCGAAGGGGUCAAGAAUUUAUUAGUCAGCGAUCGCUCCUCUGUGUUUAAUCGUUUGGGACUCGAUUCGAGUGUAGUUUGAAUGGGUUUGACGGUGACAAAACUAUUAAUCAUGUUUUUUUUUUUUUUUUUUUUUUCAUAAAUACAGAUCAUAAUUGUGACGUAAGUAUCGGUCAAGCCGUAAAAGUUUACUGUUAAUGGUGAGAGACGCUUACUGUAUUUAUAAACGAUCUCGGUACUCUUUGCAAAAUAAUGUCUUUGCGGAAUAAAAUGGAAAUGUUACUAUGUAUCAAUGAUAAAAUCGGUUUAAUAACAAAAUACGUUUCCAAAUGAAAAACACAUAGAAGGAGUGCGCAUGUGAUACGU